ACCUUAAAAUGACGUUAUUCAUACUAGAUCUACCGCCCAUAAAUGUUGCAUUUUUUUAGUAUGAAAUAUUUGUUUUUAUUUACUUAGUUAAAGUGUGCUCAUUGAAUGGCGUCAUCGUUCGCUCUUCUCUUUCAAUAUAGACACAGCUGAUAAGAGUCUUCCCCACUGCUAUAAAAUAUACAUACAUAAGUAAAUAUAAACAACCGGGUGUAAAGAAGUUUGUCCCCGAACCGCUAGAAGCUGCUAGCCCUUGUGAUUAUAGAGAGCACGCAAUUAUGAAAGCUCAUAUAUAUUAUACGUUCUCUGCUAUAUUAUACGUUCUCUGAGCUCAUCAAUGGAAUGUCAAAUAAAAGUGUCAGAACAGAAACAAUGAGAAAAGAUGCGCUGCGUUGAGUAAUCAAAUACAGUGGAAUUCCCCAUCAUGGAUAGCAUAGCAUAAUUAGUUAUCUAUGAUGGAUAGUCCUCAAAGCCGGACAUUACUCUCCCAUAAACGCAUAAAUUUCAUGAAUGCACGUUUAAAUUAUUAUUUUCGUACAAAAGCAAUUAUUAUAAUCGGACAUGAGUACGAUCCAAUGACCGGACAAGGACACGUAUUUCAAAAAAUGUGUCAAGAAAAUUGUAUAGAUAUAUUAUAUAUUAUAGUUCUCGCUUUUUGAUUUCUGAAUGUACUACUAGGGCCACUAAAUAUUAAUAUGUGAACAUUCUUGAGACAUAAAACAACUUUCGUUUGCUCAUCGCAUGUAGCGUGUUUGCUUCGACAUUAUAUGAAAUGUCGCUUACAUAUAAUAUGUAUGUUGUUAUUAUUGUUGCUGCAUUUCAUUCCCGGCGGUUCUGUUUAUAUUUCCACGUUUUUAAUUUAUUAUUUCCGAUUUCCUUAACUGCUGUGCCGCGAUGAUUAUCACUUUUUCGGCAUCACAUACAUAUUUUCAAUUUAACAUGGACAUUUUCUUUACUGGUCAUGGGUAUCGUUGGAUAUCUUAUUCACUUCGCAAUAGCUUUAGUUAUUGUUAAUAAAGAAGUUAUUCCUACACGCGGCAUGCUUUAUCCACGUGAGUCUGAAACUCGUGAAGUACGUUCCUUAGAUGGGCUUUGGAACUUUGUGACAUCUGAUGAAGCUAAUCCGACGCAAGGUGUGCGAGAUAAAUGGUUUAAUGACGAUUUGAGUAAGGUAAAAGAUGUUAUACCCAUGCCCGUGCCGGCCAGCUACAAUGAUAUAACUACAGAUAAAGCUAUUCGCGAUCAUGUGGGCACAGUGUGGUAUGAUCGAAAAUUUUUUGUUCCCCGAUCGUGGGCAAAGGAUCAAAGGGUAUGGCUGCGUUUCGGUAGUGUACACUACGAAGCCUUUGUGUGGGUUAAUGGAGAAAUGGUUAUUAAGCACGAGAUGGGUCACUUACCAUUCGAAGCAGAGGUAUCAAAUUUCGUAAAAUAUGGUGAAGAAAAUCGGAUUACUGUUAUGUGUGAUAAUGCACUAAUACAAACUACAGUGCCUCAGGGAAAAAUCAGUGAAGUAAAAAAGGAUGGAGGAGUUGCUAUAGUUCAGUCUUAUACCUUUGACUUCUUCAACUACGCGGGAAUACAUCGCUCCGUCCAUCUGUAUACCACACCUAAAACCUUUAUUGAAGAAGUUGAAGUGACUUCUAAUUUAGCCGAAAAAUCAGUUGGUCAUAUAUACUACAAAGUCAAAGUUAGCGGAACGGCCUCGAAUGAAGCAGACAGUGCUCUACAAAUACAUGUACAAUUGUAUAAUAAAGAAGGUGUCGUUGUAGCCAAUGGUACAUCAAACGGUGAUUUAAAUGGUGCGCUUGAAGUGAAGAAAGUGAAGCCCUGGUGGCCAUAUUUAAUGCAUCCCGAACCCGGCUACCUCUACCAAAUGGAAUUGCUUUUGUAUACUGCCGAUAACACGCUUCUUGAUGUUUAUCGACUUAAAGUAGGCAUUCGAACACUUACUUGGAAUAAUUCUUCUUUUCUCAUUAAUGGACGCCCAGUAUACUUCCGAGGCUUCGGGAAGCAUGAAGAUUCAGAUAUACGUGGCAAAGGAUUGGAUUUGGCUUUACUCACCCGCGACAUGAACUUGUUAAAAUGGAUUGGAGCAAAUGCUUAUAGAACGUCCCACUAUCCAUACUCGGAAGAAUCCAUGCAAUUUGCAGAUGAAAAUGGUCUUAUGAUAAUUGAUGAAUGCCCCAGCGUUGAUACAGACAACUAUAACCAAGCGCUAUUGGACAAACAUAAAUCUUCUAUGGAGCAGUUAAUACACCGCGAUAGAAACCAUCCGAGUGUAAUAAUGUGGUCUAUAGCCAAUGAACCCCGUACAAGCCCAUUCCAAGCUGACUCACAUUUUCAGUUCGUUGCUAAUUUUACACGCUCCCUUGAUAGUACUAGGCCGGUAACUGCUGCCAUUGCUGUUCCAUCGGCCAGUGACAGAGCUGCAAAGCAUUUAGAUAUAAUAUGUUUCAAUCGUUACAAUGGAUGGUACAGUAAUCCUGGAAAAUUGGACAUGAUUACAACGCAUGUUGUUGAAGAAGCGAUUACUUGGAAUAAAAAACACAAUAAACCAGUCAUGAUCGGAGAAUAUGGGGCUGAUACAAUAGAAGGUUUACACUUGCUUCCAGCUUAUAUUUGGUCGGAGGAAUACCAAAACGAGCUGUUCUCGAAGCAUUUUAAGGCCUUCGAUAAACUUAGAAAAAAUGAUUGGUUUAUCGGCGAAUUUGUUUGGAAUUUUGCAGACUUCAAGACAGCACAAUCUAUAACACGUGUAGGCGGCAAUAAAAAAGGUGUUUUCACGCGCAACCGACAACCAAAGGCAACUGCACAUCUACUCCGAAAGCGCUAUUUUGCUCUUGGACGAGAGUUGGACCGUUGCGAAAUUCCCGAAGAUCUAUUUCUUUACAUCACCGAUGCAACAUCUACAGAGUCGCACGGCAAACGAGAAAUCGCUGAUUUAUAGAAUCGAUUCCAUAUAAAAGAACACAAAAGCUAGUGAAUGUAGUAAAAACAGCUCCAAAUCCAAGUUCAAUUAAGCAUUUAAAGUCUUUUGACUGGCUGAAUAUUCAUAUACUACAAUAUAUAGACGAAUGAUUUUGUAUUGCAAAAUAUUUUUAUACGCAUUUAUUAAGCUUUGGUAUACUUAAUGUUUACAGUUAAUAAAAUAUAAAAAAUGUAUUUAUAUUGUACAUUGUAAAUAUCCAUAGUUAGAAAAACGAAGGUUCACAUAUUUAUAUUGGACUAGUGCCCUAAAUUUAAAUCAAAUGAUAGGCUUAUAACAGUGCAGUAAGACUUAAAAGGUAUUUAUUCAAAGUGAGUCAAAUUAUAAUUCCAUGCCUAAAGAACACCUCAAUUAAAAAAAUAUAUUCACAUAUACAUAUAUACAUAUUUUCCAUAUUUACUUAAGUUAUUCACAAAUGCCUUAAAUUAUAAUUAAUAGAUUCAGUUCACUGUCUUCUAGUUAAUAAAAAUAAAAAUGUAUAUUAUAAGGGAUUGAAGAAAAAUAUGUUUGACACUCUAAAUAGUAUUUGCUUUAUUUCAUUUGCGAUUUAUCAAAAAAUAUUAACAAAUAUGCGGUAUGUAAUCACUAGUAAUUAGUUAUUUUUGAACAUUGCGUUAUUUGAUCCAAGGAUUUUUGAAAGAGCACAUCACACAAAUAGUAAAUUAAAACUCGUUUGAUAAUGCAAGAAAUUGCAUGACAGUGAGAUCAAAAGUUACCAUAAACAAUAUAUGACGUUAGUUUCUCUCAA